UCUGAAAACAGGGACGAAAAGAAUGGUUGGUACAACUAUUCAUUGUUCCUUCUUGAUUUUGACAGAGACUAGCACUAGAAGUUGUACACUCUCAUUCAUUAUGGUCAUUGAACAUCAACUACAAGGUCGUGACCAGUUUUCGUGACCAGUUUACAAGUUAGUAGUACUUAAAUAGAUACAAUAUCAUAGGCAGACUGCCUGGUAGGUUCACGUCAUCAACAUCAAAUAGAUACAACAUAGCAUCAAAAAACAUGAGCGGCCAGCAAAGGGAAUCCUCCGAGCCUUCGCACCGUAUUUGUUUUCUGCGUGAAAAUUUCGCGGAAUCAUCGAGGCCAAGUAGGUACUCCUAAUAUCUUAAUCUUUAUUAUCGCGUGAGCAACAAGAACGUGAAGCAAAACUUCUCACAGGUAGACAAUAAUAGCUACAUAUGAGAGGCCAUGACAUGACAUGACUUGGACUUCUACGUUAUUUGCUGGGAUUGUAUUUAGUUCUUGCAGUUCAAUCAUCACUAUAAAGAAUCUCCUGGUCCUAACGUCAAGAACAUGAAAAAAACCGAAAACCUCCAGGAGAAGAAAACCGAAUUUUCAAGCUGUUUUGGAACCCCGUGUUAUCAGAUGCACAGAUGUCCAGGAACAACGGCGAUCUGCAAGUGUUGCGCAGUUACGAAACUCCAGAAAACACUUCUCUGGAGGCCAUGCAGCUUCAGCGAUUAGUUUUCCUCCUUCAACAAGCUGUAGCUCGUCUUCAUCUAGUUCUUUUUCUUCGUCGCAAGUUCUUGUAGCACUGGAGGCAGGAAGACCUACAACUACGACAACUACUCUUGAAGAUGUUUAUCUCCGAGGAAAAGAAGAGGCUGUAGAAGCCGAGCAUCAAUCAGAGGCCGCGUUGAGUGUAGUGCAGAGACCACAGCGAACGGAUGAAGACCGCUUUCAGCUUGGUGAUCAUGACCACGCGUUAACAGACGAGGUUGUUGGUCGUGGUUCCUCUUCAUCUAGUGCACAACCCCGAAAACCUGAGGGAGUCACAUUAGUUUCCCCUGCGGUCUCUAGUGUGGCAAGCUACUGUAGCUCGUCGCCUGAAGAUUUGUCGGCAAGUCGUGGCAAGAUGUCGAUCUCAGGUGAAGUACAACACCAACGGAUGAGCAUAAGGGCGAACAAACGGUCUCCUCCAGACAAGAACAUAUGCAGAGGUGGCCAGUUGUUCUAUAAGAACAAACAAGCAGAAGGUGAAGGAGAUCCAGUUUCAACUUCAUCGUCCUCUGGUGGCGCGAUGAGAAGUCCUCAAACUACCACGUCCACAUUAAGGAAAGAUCACAGUUCUAGAAUUAGAAUAGAUGAUACAGUGAAGUCCCAAGAUUAUAUUUAAAUCCUCCUGUCCUCCCUGUGUUGACUGCGUGCCUUUGUUGACACAAGAUUAUCAUCAACAAUCCAACACUGACUUCUCCUCUAAGGUUACAAUUAGCGGCCAGCAAGAACCGAGACGACCACCAAUUGAAGAUGUCAACAUCCAGUGUAGGAGGUUCAACAUCUGCCUCGUCUUCGAAAGUAGGCGCUUCAUCUAAGCCUUGUUUUCCAAAUAGACCCAGUCGCAGAACCACGCCUUUUACUUCAGGCUCCUAUGCCAGCACAUUUGCGAAAACCGAAGAAAACCCAUUGGCUUCGCCUGGCCUAAAUAAAUGUCCAUCGACUUCUUCUUCAACAUCAUCAAACAAGGUGAAUCAUAGUCAAUAUACUGAAGAAGAUAGUGGUGCUAGUUGUAAUGGAAAGACGAAAACAACGAGAACAAAAGAAGCAGCAGAAGCAGCGGGCGGAGGUGGUGGUGGUGGUGGUGGUGUAGGAUUACGACCAGCCGAGACCGAGUCUUCAGUUGUAAGAAGUAAUCGGGGUGGUCAAAACCACGAAGACGGCCACUUCUUGGGUCGAGGCGAGCAAGAGAUAAGUAGAGUACUAGACCAAUGUCCAGCAGCACGGCCACCGAUUGCGCAACCCUCGGGAGCGAAUGAUGAGAUUUAUGACAGAGGAUGAGGAAGGUCUUCAGCUCUAGACCACCUUCUUACUCUUACAUAGGUAGGCCAUCUUGAAACAUGAUGUUCAUCACUUCUAUAUACUUAUAUAUUUAUAGUACCAAAUCCAAAUGAUAACUACACCUCUAAAAAUACCUCCACAGCGAUUGUUGCACCCCUUCCUCCUCCUCUUCGACUGGCGUGGUUUCUAGAGGUGGUAAGGGCGAAGUCCGGGGAAAGCGCAAGCAAGAGGAAGAAAGCGAAAAAUCGCCAGACGUCAUAAACAUGGUGGACACGCUCAACCAACGGUUAAAGACAUUCCUGCAUUAUGGUGGAUGAGUGUAUGUUUUAUGUUCGUUUUCCUUCGAGAAGCGAAGAUAUUUGCCAACAUCGUAGUUGAGGUAAUCAAUAAGAAUACAUCUACAUCAUAGUGCAUUCAAUCAUACUGUCUAGUAUCGCUUCCUCUCUAUUUUUCAUAUCUCCGACGCGAACAAUAAGUGCUCCUUCCUGGACGAAACAGCGACUACACCGAGCGCUUUCGAAGAAACAGCACGCGAUAGCACUUUGCUGACGAGAAAAAAAUCCUCUUCAUUCAGUGCAUCUUCUAGGAACAAGAAAAAACGAGAACGACCACCUACUUGUACUGCACUUGCUCCUCCGUCUUCUAGUGCUGGUCGUGGUACAACAGCGGUCUCCAACUACAUUUCCUCCUCUACCUCCUCCUCGACAACAUCCAGUAGUUCGUCCAGGAUGUGUGUUGGUGGAAAAAGUAGUAGUACAAAGACAACAAGCACAAGAACUGUUUCCACCACGUCGACUGCCAGUCCAGGUGGGUCCAACAAGGCAUCAUCAGCUUGUUCAUCUGGUACCACAGCUGCAUCUGCUCUUGCUAUGGAAACCACAACUAUAGAGGACUCCAAUCAUCUUAUUGAGCGAGAGCGUCAAAGAUUACAGAAUACUAGAACGCUAUUGGAAUGUAGUGACCAGCACGACGACGAAGACAACAUCGCGACCUCUGAGGUUUCUAGUACUCAAGUCUUUAGUGCCAAACUGCGGAACCUGGAAGCGAAAGUGAACAAACUGGAAGAGCAGAACAAAAUGCUCGAAAGACAAAACGAAAAACUCCGCCAGCCAAUAGCGGUCAUCGUGAACAACAGCAAUAGUACCAUAGAAGAUUGUGACUUCCGCCAUUCGUGAACAACAGCAAUAGUACCUUUCCAUAGAGAUAGAUAUUUAUAGAUUGUACCAUAGAGACAGAUCUUCGCUGUAAGCUUUCUGAAGAUUAGUACAGAAGAUAAUUGAGGUAACAUUGAUUUCCUAAUACGCUGCAUGCUGUAGUUGUUGUUCUCGGAUUUUACAGUAUAAGUUUUUCUAGUAUUUCUUCUUGCUUUUGCUGUUGCUCCGGUCCAUCCACACAAAUCCUAUCCAUCCCAACAGGUUCUUACCAACAGCAAGCGGAGAUGAAUCAGCAUAUUUACGCAGUUACUCCAGAGAUAGUGAAGCGUUAUCCUGAACAUCGGAGUCCCGGACCACUCGCACAACCAGUUUUGUGGACACCGGUAUAAUUGCUCCUGGAUUACUUAUAGAACGUGAGAACUUUCCAUGGCUGUUGUCAUGCACAAAGAAAAUAGAGUUUGAAUCAAUCACCGUAUAUCAGCAUGAAUCGACUACUUCGCCACUGCUAUUGCUCCACCUCUCCAGUCUCUACGUGCUGCGUUUCAACGACCUCCUGCUGGCGGUUUGACGCCUGUAGGUUUGAGGAUGGAGAGUCCCAAAUUCGCCUUCGUUCCUACGCCACGUGGCUCCCGGUUAAGUCCUAGGACGCCAGCGGCUUCUGCGGCGCACUCUGCCGGAUCAAUGGCUCGUUCACUGGGGCGACCACCAUUACAUCCUGCUUCUACAGGGGAAACGGUUUCUUCAUCGUCAACUAGUAGUAGAAGUAGUUCUUCUGCUACUUGUGCGCAGGAGGUGGCGCAGGUCGUGAUGAAUACGUCAGAAAGGGCUGUAGGUGCCCAAUUGCAGCUGAACCCCCAGAAACAACAACAACACAACCAGACGAGGUCAUCAGAACAAGCGCCAAGACUGCAAGCUGCGUCAAGGCAACACGGUGGAUAUCAUUUUUAUGGAUCGAUAAACAUUAAACAUGUAUCUUUCGAAAUCGAAUUGAAGACAUCGCAAUGGCAAUGUCAUCAAGGUCACCAUGAUUAAUGAUACAUCAUAGAGAAUCCGCGUCAACAUUUUGGUUACUUAUAACUUUUUCAUAAGAGACAAUCUUGGACUACUGUUACACCUUCACUUAACAAGUACUUUCACAUUAUACUCAACUACGUUCACACGCUAAUAUCCGCCACCGCCAACGAACACGACGCGUCCCCCUCACCAGCAUUUCCCGGGUCGCUUGACAAUGCCUCCGCUUGGUUUACUGUUGUCGCCUUGCGGUGGAAAAAGUCCGGCAAAUUUUUCAUCCCUGGUCGCAUCCUCCACCGCGACUUCUACUAAUCGCUCAACAAGACCCACCCCGAGCAACGCAACCAUUAAGGCUUACUCAGUAAUUCAUCUUAAGAGGCAUAGAUCUUUGGCCCUUUUUUUUAAGGAGACAGCACGCCAAAGAUGCAGCUUUUCAAGAUGAGUACUAUAAGUAAGUAAGGUCUACUAAUCACUACAGCAAUGAUUAUAGUAGUGGCGCCGGUGGGAGGAUAACAUCAACAAUGAGUUGCAGUACACUUCAAGGAGAAGGAUGGAACGAAACUAAUGCUAAUUCUACUUCUACUGGCAUCUUCGCAGGAGGACGACGAGCGACUCUGCAGUCUUAUCGUGUAUCAACAGGACAGCAGCAAAGUUGUAGCAUUAGGUCUGAAUGAUAUGUGAGGACUUGGACUACAACUAAAGUGAAAGACUAUGUAGAAAAGUACUAAAAUAAGAGAUGUUGAGCCUUAAUAUUUAUCCGUACGACGAAACGAAAGACUCAAGAAUAUUAAGCUACUUGACUUGUCAGGAGGUGGAAAUUUUCCUACAAAUUUUCCCUCCUUUUCCCUUUUGUUGGACUUACCCCCCGAAUCGGUAAACUCCAAUUCGGGGGGAAAAUCCAACAAAAGGGAAAGUGAUUACGAAUACUAAGUAAACUGGUAGAACAAGUUGGUAGAAGUUUUAUUAAGUUUUUUUUCUUUUCUUGAUGUUCCCCAAAUUAUUAAUAUUAAGUGAUUGCACCCACACCUUCCUCUUUCAUGAACUACACGACGAUCAAAAAGCAGACGUCACUGACGCAGUUACACCCAAAUCGUCCAGUGUCACCGUACGUGCCGCAAAAACCACCCAUGAUCGCCACUGCGAGUUUUGUGAUGCCCGGACCUUGUUCGAGCAAGCUGUUGCAACCGAGAUGA